UCCCUUCAUAAAGAUCUUCUUCCUCUAGUAUAAACUCAUCCAUUUCAUUUCUCUACUCACCUUUUCAAAAGUUGAAUAUGAGCGGAAAAAUUCGAAGGAGUUUCGGUAACCGAUCGAGAAAGUCGCAUUUCGGUUUCGGAGUUGCUUCUUGGAAUCUCUUAUUUCACAUACUAGUUGUUCUGCUUGUUGAUGGUAGUGAAUCUAGGAAGAUGAGUGAAAAAUAUAACAAUUACUUGCAGCUCCCAAUCAAUAAUGAUGAGAUCAAAAAAGGGGUGUGUCAAAGAGACCCUUCCCAAAUGAUUUUCUUCACUUUGAAGGACAUGAAAUUGGGGCAAAAAAUACCUAUUUACUUUCCCAAGAAAGACCCUUCAAGUUCUCCUCACUUGUUGGCCAGAUAUGAAGCUUCUUCAAUUCCAUUCUCAUCGAAAGAGCUCCCUAACCUUCUCAACUUCUUCUCUUUCUCUCAAGACUCUCCACAAGCCAAAGCCGUGGAGAGCACUCUAAGCUUGUGUGAGAUUGAGCCCAUCAAAGGGGAGACCAAAUUCUGUGCUACGUCCUUGGAAUCCAUGCUCGAUUUCGUACGUGGCGCGUUCGGGUUGGAGGAGAGUUUCAGUGUUGUAACAACUACCUUCUUGACCAAGUCAAGUACAACUUUCCAAAACUACACUAUAUUUGAUGUGCCUAAGGAGAUAUUGGCUCCCAAGAUGGUGGCAUGUCACACCAUGCCUUACCCCUAUGCAGUAUACUAUUGCCAUUACCAGGAGAGUGAGAACAAAGUGUACAAAAUCUCAUUAGGGGGUGAAAAUGGAGAUAAAGUUGAAGCUGUUGCCGUUUGUCACAUGGAUACCUCGCAUUGGAGCCGCGAUCACGUGUCGUUCCGUGUGCUUAGGAUCAAACCGGGGACUUUUCCCGUGUGUCACUUCUUCCCGGCCGAUCAUCUUGUUUGGGUUCCUACACCUAGUACCAAGUGACUUUUUUGAGUCACAUAGUACUACUAUGUGUGUAUUGCCUAAGGACCAAUGCAGUGUUAAUGUAUGUGAAAAGGAUUAUGAAUGCUAAAAUUAUGUUCUGGAGUUUGUAUUUAGCUUAGGAAGAAGCCAAUGUUGAUGUUUUAUGAAUUUCUGUAUGCAAGAAAAACAAAGUCUCAAUGAGGGUUUUUUUUUUUUUUUUUUCUUUGGUGAAUUCUCAAUGAGGUUUUAACCGUGCCGAGUUCUCUGUUUUCUCAAGAAUAUCCUCUGUUAUGAACAUUUCAAGAGAUAUUGGUUUAAAUACGGACUUUU